GCAAACAAUAAAGCACUGUGGGUUUUUUUGUAAUCUCGCCAUCUGCUGUCCCUCCGUUGCCCAGGGAGGACGUCGAGUCGGUUGUGUCGAUCAAUUUCGCACCAAAUUUCUCGCUUUUUUCUUUUUCACUUCCAGUUGACUCCAUUUCUGUGUUUUGGAUUUGCGAUCACCUUCUGUUUUCGUUCUAGCAAAUGGCUCCGAUUACCCGAAAAAUGGCAUUCCCGAAAGUAAUCAUUGAGACGGACUCUGACUCUGAACAGAGUACCUCUGACGAAGAAGCAGAAGAAGAGGAAGAUUCUGAAACAUUCGAAGACGAAAAAGAAAAAGAAAAUGGGGUUGCGGAGAAAGGGGACCCUGCGAAAAUUGAAGUGGUUUUGGAUGCAAAGAAGAAAGGGAAAGCACCUAUCACUAUCAGUCUCAAGAAAGUUUGCAAAGUAUGCAAGGAGCCUGGACAUGAAGCGGGAUUCAAGGGCGCAACUUAUAUCGAUUGCCCAAUGAAGCCUUGCUAUCUUUGUAAAAUGCCUGGACACACUACGAUGACUUGUCCUCAUCGAGUGAAUACUGAGUUUGGAGUUAUUCCUGCUCCACGCAGAAAUACACGCAAACCUUUUGAAUAUGUGUUUGAACGCCAGCUAAGACCAUCCGUUCCUCCGAUCAAACCAAAAUACAUGAUCCCAGACCAAGUACAAAGUGCUGUUAUCAGACAUCAUAGUAGAAGGGUAACAUGCUUGGAGUUCCACCCCACAAAGAAUAACAUCCUCUUAUCUGGAGAUAAGAAAGGACAAGUUGGAGUGUGGAAUUUUGAAAAAGUAGAUGAGAGGAUGGUAUAUGGGAAUAUACAUUCGUGCAUAGUAAAUAACAUGAGGUUCAAUCCUAGAAACGCUUGUAUGUUCUACUGUUCUUCCUCAGACGGAACCUUUAGUUAUACUGACUUGGAGACUGGAAUUUCAUCUUCACUAAUGGACCUUAACCCUGAAGGAUGGCAGGGUCCAAGCAGUUGGAAGAUGCUUUAUGGCAUGGAUGUUAACUUGGAGAAAGGUCUUGCACUUGUUGCUGAUAACUUUGGCUUUCUUCAUCUGGUUGAUACUCGAACUGACCACAAGACUGGAAAUGCCAUUUUGAUUCAUAAGAAAGGUACCAAAGUUGUUGGUCUUCAUUGCAAUCCAGUGCAACCUGAUCUCCUCUUGAGUUGUGGAAAUGAUCAUUUUGCUCGUAUUUGGGAUAUGCGUCGGUUGGAAACUGGUUCAUCCCUUUAUCAACUUGCACAUGGUCGUGUUGUUAGCUCUGCAUAUUUCUCUCCUAUUUCUGGGAUUAAAGUCCUUACAACAUCACUGGACAACCGUCUUCGUAUAUGGGAUUCGGUAUUUGGGAAUAUGGACUCUCCAAGCCGAGAAAUUGUACAUAGUCAUGAUUUCAAUCGGUAUUUGACUCCUUUUAAAGCUGAAUGGGAUCCAAAGGAUCCAUCAGAGUCCCUUGCUGUUGUUGGUCGUUAUAUAAGUGAAAAUUAUAACGGAGCUGCCCUGCAUCCCAUUGAUUUCAUAGAUACUAGUACAGGGCAAUUGGUAGCAGAGGUCAUGGACCCAAACAUUACAACCAUCAGUCCAGUAAACAAGCUGCAUCCACGUGAUGAUAUCCUGGCAUCUGGAAGUUCUAGAUCACUGUUCAUAUGGAAGCCUAAAGAGAAGUGUGAACUUGUAGAGGAGAAAGAAGAAAAGAAAAUUGUGAUCUGUGCCGGUCCUGAGAAGAAGGGUCAGAAAAGGGGCCAGAAGAAGGGCGAUGACGAUGGCGAUUCCGAUGAUGACGAUGCUUUCAUAUCCAAGCUUAAGAAGUCAAAGUCAAAAAAGGCUUAGUAGAAGGUCUGUCAUAGUUGAAAUACUUUCCAUUUUACCUUGUAAUUUUAUGUAGGUGGCCAAAAUUUCCUCCCAUUUUUGUUGCUUUGGUAUGGGAGGCAUUCCAUUAUCAAGUAUCAACUACUGAGCUUUGCUUCUAUGUUCUUCCUUAUCGGAUGGAAGAUUUUUGUUGUGUAGCUUUUUGACAUUUCACCAUCUUCUAGUUCUAGUGGCAUAUAGAAGGCCUCGCAUUUUGUGAUCUAGUACUUAGAUAUGUGGAUUUGUCCCUGUAUGGUGAUAUUAGAAAAGUAUAGUUCUGAAGCUUUUUUA